GAACUACUUAAAGUUUCUUAAACUCUUUCGUCCACUUAUGGCUUCAAGAAAACCUGUUAAUCGUCCAUCAGUGAAGCACCCGAGUCACAAACAUCCACUGCACAUAUUUAAAGCCCAAGAGGAAGAUGAGAUCAUCUGCUCUGGAUGUGAGCUCGAGCUAACCGGAGAAGCUUUCAAGUGUACCAAGUCAGACUGCGAUUACUUCUUGCACAAGUCAUGUUUCGACCUACCACGUGAAAUCAACCACAAGUCUCAUCCUAACCAUCCUUUAACCUUGCUUCAUUCCCCACCUUAUGAAAGUAACGCUUACGGGUGUGACGCAUGCGGUCAAUAUGGAUCUAGUUUCAUUUACCAUUGCUCUAAGUGCCAGUACGAUGUUCACGUGGGAUGUGCGUUUCUCCCUGAGACCGUGCAGCGUGAAGAUCACGAACACGUGCUUACUCUAGUUUUCAUGUCUCCGUGCAAAGGUCGUGAGGGUAUGGUUUUCAUGUGUGAUGUUUGUAAGGAAACUGUGUCGGAGAAUCUUUGGGUUUAUCAUUGCAAAGUGUGUGAUUAUGGAACGCAUGUGCAUUCUUGUGCGGUUUAUGAAAAUCAUGUGACGGAAAAAGGAAGAGAGGAAGAAGCGGUCUUGGAAGCUUUGAGGAUAGAGUCGUUGAGGAAUGCUCGUAUGGAGUUGGAGAAUAUGCGUAUUUCGAAUAAAAUAAAUAAUUCUGUAAUCCAUUUUGGUGAGGAACCUAGAUACCAUUGGGUCAGAAAAUGAAGAAGCUUUUGAUUAUUCGUUUUCCACUUUUGGAAAUAUCGUUUGUUUCGUGCAAGUUAUUGUAAGCUUUUUUUUUUUCUUUCGUUUUAUGUCAUUGUAAGCUUUCUUUCAUGUAAUCUUUGUUUUUAAUUUAAAAAUGUCAAUUUUAAUUUUUAACUUCUAAACGAUAUAAUAAAAUAUAACAAGAUUAAGGCUCCA